GCGCAUGCGCUGUGGUACCAUAACGACAUGAUUCGCGGAUAUGUUUUCAGUAGCAACCGUGAGUUUAAACCGAAUAAAGUCGCUGUAAAAGGCUGAAGCAUGUCCACCCUCCUGGAUGAGACAGCAGCAGAUGUGCCGGUCAAGGACAUCACGGUGAGCCUGUCCAGGCUCACACCUGGGCCAGAGCCAUCAGCCUAUCAGAAUGCUCGGGCGCGCCAGGACAUCUCACGGGUGUCCCGGGAGGAGCUGGAGGACCGCUUCCUGCGUCUGCACGAGGAGACACUGCAGCUCAAACAGCACAUCCACAAACAGGAUGACAAGAUCAAGAAGCUGGGCACAAAGCUGAUGAGGAUGGUGAAGGACCGCGGGCGCAUGGAGCAGCUGGCAACAGGGGGGGCCCCGCUCUCCAGGCUCCGAGACGUGGAGAUGGAGGAGAUGUUGGAGGAGCUCCAAGACAAGGUCCGGGCCCUGCAGGCCGAGAAUGAGGGGCUGAAGCAGCGCCUCCUGGUGGCAAAGCAGCAGCUCAUCAACACUCCGAGGCCGACGGCGUACGACCACGUCCAGCCACGAGUCAACUCGGGGUUAAAGAGGCUCGGAGGCAACGCUUUGUCUCCAUCUCUGGCGCGACCCAAAAGUACGAGGAGUUUGGAGGGAGGAGGGCGACCUCCGACCGGCCAGCUGCCUCGAUAUGGACACAGCCUGCUGGAGGAGGCCAGAGCCGAGAUCCGCAACCUAGAGAACGUGGUCGAAUCCCAGCGAAGCCACAUGGAGGAGCUGGAAGGUGCGUCGGAGCUUCUGAGGGAGGAGCUGAGGAGGAAGGAGGCCGAGUACGAGGAGAGACUCCUGCAGGUCCGGCAGGAGCAGACCUCCAAACUGAGGACGAACGUCAGCAGCAACGUGACGCUGAUCAAACUGCAGAAGCAGCUGGCAGACCGAUCCAACGCUGUGGCCGAGCUGGAGGGACGAUUUCUGCAGCUACAGGAGAGUCAGCAUACGCUGAGGGUCAGUCACGGAGCGGCGAUGGCGAAGGUGGACGAGCUGUCGGCUCAGCUGAAAGACGAGCGAAUGAAGAGUUUGGAGCUAGAGAAACAGCUGCAGAGUGCCGGCAUUUCAAGGAUGAGGAUGGAGCAGCUGCAGGAGAGGAUCAGCGAGCUGGAGCAGGAGAGAGACCUGCUGAAGGACAGCAACGCCAAGCUGCUGAACAGCGCCUUUGAUGUUUCUCAGCAGGAGAAAUGGCAGCUUCAGGAGCAGCAGCUGAAGCUUCAGAUCUCUCAGCUGGAGACGGCGCUGAAGGCCGACCUCGUUGACAAAAAUGAGAUCCUCGACAAAGUCAAGGCUGAGAGGGACACAAACGAGAAGCUGAAAGAUGAAAAGAGGAAACUUGAGGUUCAGUUUCUGGAACAGAAGCAGCAGCUGGAGGAGCUGAAUGACCGGCUCAGGUUUUACAGCAGAGAGAGCGAUUACGACGUGGCUGAACUCACCGAGGCCCUGCUGCUCAUUAAAAUGCGUAAAUCCCAGAAAAGCGGCGAUCUGGGCUUCCUGAAAGAGGUGAAGGAGGAAGCGAGCGGCGGCAGCACGGAGAACGCCAUCAAGGAGCUCCGAGCUGCUCAUGCCGAAACCAUCCAGGAGCUGGAAAAGACCCGAAACCUCCUGAGCAUGGAGAGCAGGAUCAGCAAAGACUACAAGGCGGAGCUGGACGCCGCACUACGGAAGAUGGACGCCGACAAAGUCGAGUACGAGCAGAAGCUGGAAUGUCAGGCUCAGCUGCUGGACACCAGGGCAGCGAAGAUCAGGAAACUGAAAGUUCAGCUCAGAGACAUCGCCUAUGGAGCCAAGACCUACGUCUUCAAACCGGACGUCACAGCCGCAGACGAGAGUGAUGAAACUCUUCACCUGGAGAGUGGAGAAAACUUGCUGGAACUUCAGAUAGUCGGCGUCACGCUGUCUGCGUCCGCCCUGCAGGCACUGGGUGAAACUGAACCCACCACCUUCUGUACGUACGCCUUCUACCUGUUCGAGCUGCACUCCACGCCGGUGGUGACGGGACACAGUCCAAAAUACGGCUUCACUUCUAAGUAUGUGGUGAGCCUGGACGACCGCUUCCUCGACUACCUCCACAGGGGCUCGGUGACGGUGGAGCUGCACCAGGCGCUCGGUCUGGACUGGAGGACGCUGGCGGCCGGUGAGCUUCGCCUGCAGCAGCUGCUGGAGCAGGACGGGAAGGUUUACGGGAGCGUGCCGCUCAUCGGGUCAUGUGACGUGGCGCGCUCCUUCGGCUCCGUGGAGUUCUGGCUCAGGCUGAGGAUCCCCAUGACGGAGACGCUGUGGCUCUACAGAGAGAAGAUGAAGGCGCUGCCGCCACCGACCAGCAGCUGGAACGAGCUCUCCAUCACUGUCCACCGCUGCUCUGACCUUCAGCCUCGAGGCUCCCAGCCGCUGAGCCCCUACAUUGUCUACAAGUUCUUUGACUUCCCUGACCACCCCACCGCCACCGUUUACAACCGCCAGGACGCCGACUUCAGCGACCUCAGGUCAUACUCAGUCUCGAUGGAUGUGGACCUGGACCGGUACCUGAAGUCUGAGCACCUUCAGUUCUACGUGUUUGACUACAAAGAGGAGCAGAUGGACACGUACCUGGGGAAGGCCAGAGUCCCCCUGAGGACGCUGACCCACGACAAGAGCCUCACCGGUGUGUUUUCGCUGGCUGAUCCCUCUGGACGCCCCGCCGGUCACAUUGAAGUGACCCUGAAGUGGAAGUUUUCCUACAUCGUUCCACUCGGCGCCACAGAGGAGCCCAGAUUUACCCCGGAGGAGCAACGUGUCGAGGAGACGGCUGAAAUGAAGCAACAGCAGGACGACGAGGAGGACGCAGAGACGCCGAAGGACGAGGAAGACCUCCAUCAUCCUGCUGCCUCUGAGGCCCUGCUGCCCAAACCCAGACAGAAGCCUCAGGUGAAGGGCGCCUCGGCCACCAAAAAAGUCACGUUUGUAGAAGCGACCGUCGCGGACCAACAGUUGGAGGACUGGAGCUCAGCGGCUCGCAGCGUGUCUGCAGAGAGGACGGAGACUCCGCCUGCAGCACCUGUACAGGUUUUGCCCAAAGUUCCUCAAACAGAGGACGAGGAUGACGAUGAAGAGUCUCAGGUCUCUGAAGGACAGCUGGUCGCGGCGAGCAUGACGUCGUACUCCGACGACUCUGAAAUCUCCGAGGAAAUCAGCGAAGAUGUGGACGAGGUCCCAGCAGCUGCAGACGAUCAGAGGGAAUCCGCUCAGUCCGACAGCGACGACUGCAUCGUUCCCGCCGCGUCCGCUGUGAGGAAGCCAUCGGAGCGUUUGCGGGUGGAGAUCGUGUCCCUGAAUCUGAGGGUGGAGUCUCAAGUGGCACGGGACACCAGCGUGGUGCGACUGUUCGUGGAGUACUCGUUCCUGGACCUGCCCACAGAGGAAACGCCGCUGUCUCUGCCCAAACCGCCGCCGGGCCGCAGCAUCAACUACAACUACAGCAAAGUCAUCCCCGUGGAUACUGAGAAGAACACGGCGAGGAGGCGCCUGCUGAGGGAAGUCCUGCAGGGACGAAAGCCUCACAUGGAGAGAAUCCGGUUCACGCUGGUGAGCGAGCCUCCGGAGGAAGAGGAGCAGGAGAGGGAGUGCGAGGACGUGGGCGUGGCCUUCCUGAGGAUCCCCGAUAUCCUGGAGAAACAACGAGACGUGACGGAGGAACGUUUGAACGUGUUGGGCGUGGAGGACAGCAGUGAGGUGGUCGGCACUCUGACGGUGUCCGUGGAGGCUCUGGAGGCUCUGCGCUCCAUCAUGGAGGAGGACGAGGAGCCCGUCGUCAGCUCGCCGUGAGGCAUCGGCACGCCUCAGACUGACGGGCAGAAAGCAGCUCCACGUCACAGACAGGAAGCAGCUGUUCAAACUGGAGACGAGGCGUCUCAAAGCAUGGACUGAGGAUUCACCUGGA